AUGGCGGGUAUGCCCGGGCUGGGCAACAGCGUCGGUGCCGGAGAGCUGCGCGACAACACGCCAGAUGCAAGCAACAGGUCGUCUAGUAGUGGCUCCAGAAGAGGUUCCUCGCCGCAACGUGCUCAGGAACAAGAAGUAGACGUAUGCUGCCAUAGGCCUUCAGUUGCUAUAACCAGACCUCGGCUCCCCAGCUACGACGCUAACUAUGACAACAGUAAAGUGCCCACUAUGGCAACGUUGAGCGGCAGUAAUGUGGUGACGCACACAGCGCCCUCUUACGAGGAACAGCGAGCAAGUCCAGCGUUACUCAGCCGUAACACGAGCACACCGGGCGGCCGGAGCGUACGGGAUGACGGUUACUGCUCCGCCGGCAGUACACCACGAGCAUUCGAUCACAAAUCGACGAAGGGAUCAGUAGUAACAUUAUCUUGUUACAAGAGAGAGCCUAAAGUCCAGAUAGAGGAGGAAGGCUAUUACAGCGAGGCGAAGAGGAUUAGAGCCAACAGUAUUAAGCCGGAGGCGAGUGACGGCCGAGAGACUUGGGGAACAGGCGCCGACUUCCUGCUCUCAAUCAUCGGCUUUGCUGUGGACUUAGCCAAUGUCUGGCGCUUCCCUUAUCUUUGCUAUAGAAACGGCGGCGGAGCAUUUCUAAUCCCCUACAUGCUGAUGCUGGUCUUCGGGGCGGUUCCUCUCUUCUACAUGGAACUGAUACUCGGCCAAUAUAACCGACAAGGACCGAUCACGCUGUGGAAGAUUUGCCCACUCUUUAAAGGUGUAGGUUUCUGCGCUGUUAUGGUUGCUUUCUACGUGUCUUUCUACUACAACGUAAUAAUAGGUUGGGCGUUCUACUUCCUGGUAUCAUCAGCGAGGUCCGAGCUGCCGUGGCUGCAUUGCGACAACGCGUGGAACACCGACCAGUGCUGGGACGCAGCAAGAUCGAACAACACCAACCGCACCGAUACCCCUUACCAAGGACCAUUGUCUCAUUUCACGCCAGCUUCAGAGUUCUUUCAUCGAGCGGUAUUGGAGAUGCAGCAUUCGGAGGGACUGAACGACUUGGGUCUGCCGAAGUGGCAGCUUGCUGCAUGUCUCGGUGUCGUCUACAUCACAUUAUACCUUUCACUGUUUAAAGGCGUUAAAAGCUCUGGCAAGGUGGUGUGGCUGACAGCAACAAUGCCGUACGUAGUGUUGUCGAUUCUGCUGGCGCGUGGACUGCUUCUGCCAGGAGCCGCGCGUGGCAUCGCAUACUACCUACAGCCUGAGCUGAGCAGACUUAAGGAUACCCAGGUGUGGGUAGAUGCCGCUGUCCAGAUCUUCUACUCGGUUGGAGCUGGCUUUGGGGUUCAUCUCUCUUAUGCCAGCUACAAUACAUUCCACAACAAUUGCUACAGAGACUGCUUGGUAACAACACUCGUCAACUGUUUCACAUCGUUCUUCUCUGGGUUUGUCAUCUUCACCUACUUGGGCUUUAUGUCGCACAAACAAGGUGUGCCUAUAUCUUCCGUUGCUACCGAAGGACCUGGCCUAGUCUUCCAAGUGUACCCUGAGGCUGUUGCUACGUUACCUGGUGCAAGUUUAUGGGCGAUGCUGUUCUUCUUCAUGCUGAUAAUGCUUGGACUUGACUCUGGGAUGGGUGGUCUGGAGUGUGUGAUCACGGGUCUACUGGACCAGGCCCGCGCGUGCGGUGCCACGCGGCUACGUCGCGAGCACUUCACUCUUGUUGUCGUUUGCGUGUCUUUCUGUGUGGCCUGCAUCAAUGUUACUCCCGGUGGCAUUUACAUGUUUCAUCUACUGGAUACCUACGCUGCGGGUAUAUCUCUACUGUGUUCCGCUCUAUUUGAAGCCUUGGCAGUCUCCUGGUUUUAUGGUUUGGAGAGAUUCUCUGAUGAUGUUGAAGAAAUGCUUGGCUUCCGACCGGGUAUUUAUUGGAGAGUUUGCUGGAAGUUCAUCAGUCCGACGUUCAUAAUUGGUGUAGUGGUGUUCGGUCUUCUCUACCAGCAGCCGCUCCAGUACCAGACGUACAUGUACCCGCAGUGGGCGGUGCGUAUAGCUUGCUGCAUAUCACCGGAAUCUGAACAUGAAGCGAUUCGAGGCGGUGCUCCCGUUAGUCGCUUUACCUGGCGACACUGGCUUUAUGUGUAA